GGCAGAGAAUUUAUUAUGUAACAUGUUCCCAAUCACAUCCCUGUCUGAGUCUGAGGCAUAAGGUCGCUUUAAGAGAUAUCUGAGCUCCUAUCAGUGAUCCUGGCAGGACACCUCCUACCUCCUCCUCGACCAAAAACUCUGUUUGUGUCUCACCUGAUGCAAAACGUCGCCCCAAGUCCAAGAAGAAAGAACAUUUCGGAGAGCAGAGAGCACACACGGCGGCACACAGGAGGACAGAGGAGGCUCCACUACCUGUCCGGAGCUGAGAAAGUCCGACUCAUUGCGAGAAGAAACACAGCUGCAGACAGAGAGGCAGACAGACCGUGCAUCCAGGACAGCUGCAGUGAUCGGGAGGCAAACGAAGACCACUGUAAAGGCUGCCAAAGAUUAAGUAAAAGGGAAAGCUCUUAAAAAAUGCAAAUAUUAUUCAUGAAGUAAUUACAGCAGGUGUGACACAGCAAAUUAGUUCAAUUAGACACUUGCCUUUGAAGUGAACCCAGGAAAAACCAGAAUGGAGCUGCAGCACAACACCAAUCACAACCAAGCCUUGUGGAAAGAGAUCCCGUGGGAUUUCACAGAGGACUGCUCACUCUCAGUGAGUGGCACCACUUUUCUCAUUGUAGCUUACAGCACAGUCAUGGCAGUGGGUCUCAUUGGGAACUCUUGUCUGGUGUUUGUCAUCACACGGCACAAGGAGAUGCGCAACGUCACCAACGUCCUCAUCGCCAACCUGUCCUUCUCUGACAUCCUCAUGUGCAUUGUCUGCCUGCCAGUUACUAUUAUCUACACACUGAUGGACCGCUGGAUCCUAGGAGAGGCCCUCUGUAAGCUCACACCCUUCAUCCAGUGUAUAUCGGUUACAGUUUCCAUCUUUUCCCUCGUCCUCAUCGCCAUGGAACGCUACCAGCUCAUUGUCCACCCCACCGGAUGGAAGCCAAUGGUGAGCCAGUCCUACUUGGCUGUGGCCGUCACUUGGAUCCUGGCCUGCUUAAUCUCGGUGCCUUUCCUCUCGUACAGCGUACUUACCGUGCCUUUCCAGAACCUGAGCGUCCCCUUCCCAGUCAAUGACCACCUCGUCUGUAUGGAGCGGUGGCCAACGGUUCCAGAGCGGCAAGCUUACACCACCUCUCUGCUCAUCUUCCAGUACUUCCUUCCUCUCUUCCUCAUCAUGGUUUGUUACCUGCACAUCUACCUGCGCCUCAGGAGGAGGAAGGACAUGGUGGAGCGUGGCAGGAACACCACGCAAAAGAAAAACAAGGGCUCCACAAGGAUCAACAUCAUGUUAAUUGCCAUAGUGGUGGCGUUCGCCCUCUCCUGGCUCCCGCUCAAUGUCUUCAACACAGUGUUUGACUGGAACCAUGAGGCCAUCCCAUCCUGUAGCCAUGACGUCAUCUUCUCAUUCUGUCACCUCACAGCUAUGGCCUCCACCUGUGUCAACCCCAUCAUCUACGGUUUCCUUAACAGCAAUUUCCAGAAACAACUCAAGUCCACCCUGUUGCGCUGUCGCUGCUGGGGGGUGGCAGAGAGGUACGAGAGUGUCCCGCUCUCCACUGUCAGCACAGAGGUCACCAAGGGGUCAAUCUUGAGUAAUGGAUCUAUCAGCAUCAAUACUUAAAACCAAGUCAUUUGGUGAAGACUAAGAAACUACUGGGGCCUCUCCAGCCCUCAUUGUGUCAUCCUUUGGAGCUUUUCUUGCUUCAUUGCGUGCAAAAGCGAGGUUGACAUUUAAAGUUAUAAACCUCACAAUAGCCGUCCAGAGGGAACUGACUGAAGACACUUAACCAGCAUGACGCAGUGCCCUCGAUUUGCUUCGAGUUCACAUGUAAGAGGAAGUAGAUAACAAAAAGAUGGUGCAAAGGUUGGACAAGUUUACGUAUUGUAGAGCAACUGAAGACACUUUACAUGAGCACUUUUUGCAACUGUAGUAUGUAUAGUCCAUUCCCUGUGUGCUGUGGGCACAUAUGAAAUCUAGUUCUUCUGAGUAUACAUAUGUCAUGUUUUCAUUUCACCCAGAAGUCAUGUUUAAAUGAAUAUCAGCUGUUUACUUUUCAAACUUUUACCUGCUGUAAUUGUGAGCAUCAAAACCACCAGACACAGAUAAAGGGAGGGGGGGCACUGCACAUGUCGGUUUCAGUUUUGCUGUUUUAUGGUAAUAGUAUUGAUCACAAUGACAUGGCUUGUGAACUGUAAUGUGUUAAUGAUUAUCGACAGCGUAGCUUAUUGCACAACUGAAGGAGAGAACAUUAGUGCAUUAAAUGUGGCUCCAGGCAUUCAUUCAAACAAUUUACUUGCAUCUCUUAAUGUGUUUCUUAUUACCUAAAAUCGUCACAAACGAUGUAAUGGUAUUUUACAGAGAACCUUGGCAAGAGCUAUAUACAUUUCAUGCUGCUCGCCAAGGUCUGUGCUCCAGUAUAUCUUGUGGUUUUUCUCAUAAAGUGCGCCAUGCAACAACCAUACAUCAAGUGCCAUAAAACAAAAUAAAAGUGGCAGUAAAGGACUGUCAAAGUGGGGUUCUUCUGCUGUAAAUAACCUUAGUAAAUACAUAUAUGGCCUGUAAGAGAUGUGACACAGUUAUAGUUUAUUGUGUGUGUGGCAAUAAAGAGAACUGUGUAGCAUAGCUGAUAUCUCCUAGGAAACUUGUUGUUAGUUACUUCUAUUUGUUGUAUUGGAUUGAAUUAAAACAUUUACUAUUAUCUUUAAUGAUACAGUUCUAUGUUGUAAUAUAUUGAUUUUGAUUAUUCACAAUCUUGUCUUUGUUUUACACUCAUUGAGGCCUUUCAGGAAGGUAUUGCAUUAUUUUGUGCUUUUUUUUGUUUGUUUGUUUGGCAAACUUUAUGUCCGCCUUGCUUUCUGAGUGUGUGUUAAACACAGAAUUGAUUUUUUUGUUGUCACCUUGUAGGUCAGUUCGUCCACAUCAUUCUCAGCUUUUAACAGUGAUUGAUUGCUCCUAAGUCUCCCAUUAAAGACAAAAUGGUGCACUGAGACCAGACUCCACCAUUUCCACUUUAGGAAACAGUGUGGAGUGUGGGAUCCUAACUCCCCAGAGAUUAAAGGCACUGAUCUGUCUCAACAUGAGCCAAUCAACACUUGGCUUGACAUGCCAGUGUUGUAGUGUGUGGUUUGCAUUGAAAAAAACAUCCACGUUUUCAAAAUCUUUGUCCUUUUCUAUGGUAAAAUGCAGGUCGCUGCCUCUGUGUGCAUUAUUCAGGGGGAAGUCUGAGAUCACAGCACAUUUUAGAUGUGCUUGUUGUGUUGAAUAAAUCAGUGUUGUGUUUGGUGCCUGAGAUGUUAAACAGCAUGGAGAGAAAAAAAAAAAUCUGUAUGAGAGAUCAAUGGGAAUUGUGCUAAAUAUUCAUGCUGAGGGAAUGCAUGUUAACAGUUAUACUUUUAUCUAAAAACAAGAAGUAUAUCAACUAAAGAGCGUAAAGAGAAGGUAAGACUUCUGCUGUCAGGUUCCUUUAGAUUUGAUGAUAAUGUCAUGAGGUCAGGUGUAGGAUGUUUUCACACCUUAGAGAAAGUCAAACCUGUUUUUGACUCUGACAGCGUCUCACACAACCUGCCAAAAUUGUUCCCCAAGUGCAGUUUAGCUCUUAAGAGAGCACUCAGAAGUCCUUGUCGGCAUAAUUGACAGUGUGCUUCUGCUGCCUUGACCUGAGCUGACCUUCACAGAGUGUAAAUCCCCUCUGUUCCCUCUAUAUUUCCUUCCUCUCUCACCUGGCUCUCCUUUUAAAAACACCACUGAAUGAAGCAGCAGUGUUCAUUCUGUGUGAAAUAAAGGACCCGAGAUGCCACAGGUGCUGACGUACUCCAGCAACACUUGAUUUUGAGUGGGACUUAAAUGAAGCCAUUAUACAUUGUUACCAAAGUAACUGUUAGGGGGCAAUGGGCACAUUACUGCAUUAUGAAAUGAAGCUCAGCUGGAGACGAACACUUGAUGAGUCCACAGGGCCAGACUUUCCUUGUCAGUGGAGCAGUUCCAGGAAGAUUAACAUCUUGGCUCUCUGCAUUUUAAUUUAGAAAGAUUCUCCUAUAAGCAAUCUCUCCAGAUCACAGGAACAACAUGAACUACAAAGUUGGCCAGAAAUUUCCUCAAGCUGUUGUUUUGAAAAUGAAAUUCUCUCCAGUAAGAUAUUUUGCCUGCCGUACCACUGUAAGAGCAUUCAUCCUGUUUUGCCUUUUUUCCAUUAUUAGUAGUAAUAAUAAUUCCUUUUCAUGCUUUCUGUUGCUUUGUAAAAGAAAGUCCCUUCCCCGAUGUGGGAAUCAUUCUCCCUAGCGAAUGCUUGUGAAGAUGUAAAAGGUGUAUACAAUAUUCAGUGUGUCUCAACCACCACAUUCAGCAUCUGUCUGAAUCUGCAGUGACCACAAUAAGCCUGAGGCAUUGUUAAAAGUUAUGUAAGAUGUAACAAUGUAUGUAGGGAAUUUCGAUGACAAGAAAGUAAUUUUUAAACAUGUUGCGCCCCUACGAAUAUGCAACAAAAUUAUUAUCCAUUUGAAAAUGUUGUAUAGAAUAAUGUUAGACAGUCAUUGGCAUUGUGCACCUUUGAUCCCUUGUGAGGGGGAACUAAUCGUUUUGUUUUGGCAGAUGAAAAGGUCACAGGGAGUCAGGCCGUUGCCUCUGGAAUCCUAAUCAUGGUGUUAUACAUACUAACAUCUGUAGGACACAUUAAAACAGGCAGGUAGCUCAUCUAAGGGUCAAACACAUAGAUCAACUCAGUCAAUAUCUCCUUGUCCCUCUUAUCUUUCUAUUGAAUUGUCCUAAUGUUUCCGUGUUGUAUCAGAGGCUUCCUGAUUCAUCAGAUCUGUGAGGGAGGGUUGUUUCUGGGAGCAGCUCCUGCCCAGUUUUACCAAUUUAUCUGUUUGGAUAUCGUAACAGCAUGAAUGUUCCCAGCCUGUUUAUG